AGCGAAGAUUCAGAUAGAGUUAAUGAGCUCAUAAAAUGUUUGAUUCGAAAUAUUAAACGAAAUGAUGAUAUAAUGAUAUUACGGUCAGACAAAGGCUCAAGUGUUGUUCUAAUGAACAAAACAAGAUGAAGUACAUCUUGAAUGACCAUAUGAGAUUCAAGUUAGAAAAAAGUAACAAAGACUUAACUGAUUCCAUUGAGAAAAGAAUCACCAAAGUACUCAGAGAUCUGAAAAAGAAGAUGAUCGAUAACUCUACUUACAAUAAUCUACGACCUCGUGGGUCUCGUUCGCCCCACAUGUAUGGAUUACCGAAAAUACAUAAACAAGGUUAUCCUCUUAGACCUAUUUUGUCAAUGAUCAAUUCACCAUACCACAAAGUUGCACGAUGGUUGGCAGAUAAGUUAGAACCAGUGCGUCAACGAUUAGCCACCUAUACACUAAAGGAUUCAUUUGUAUUUGCUGACAGCAUGAAUCACAUAAAUAUUGCUGGUAAGUUUAUGGUUUCUUUUGAUGUAACAUCAUUGUUUACAAAAAUACCACUUCUUGAAACCAUAGACAUAAUUUGUCAACAUUCUGACAUCCUACCUCUACCAGUACCAGAAUUCAAACGACUAUUACUCAUUUGUACAAAAGAUGUUCAGUUCCAGUUCAACGAUAUCAUAUACAAACAAACCGACGGUGUAGCGAUGGGAAGUCCGUUAGGUCCUGUCCUAGCAGAUAUUUUCAUGGCUAACCUCGAAAGAACCAAACUCAAACGAGCGAUUGAUGAAAUGACGUAUUAUUCGAGGUAUGUUGAUGAUACCUUCAUCGUAUGUAAUAAUCAACAACAUGCAAUAAAUCUGCUAGAGUUUUUCAACGAAGCCCAUCCAAAUAUCCAUUUCACUAUGGAACAUGAAAAAGAAAACAAGUUCCAUUUUCUCGAUAUUGCGAUGAAAAGAAGAAAGGAUGGUACAGUUCAACGUUCAGUUUAUAAGAAAGACACAUGGAAUGGUAGUUAUCUCAAUUUCAAUAGCUUUUGUCCAAUCAGUUACAAAAAGGCACUGGUCAAAACACUGUUUCACAGAACAGAAAGAAUAUGUACUUCCGAUACACUAGAAGAGGAAGUUAUGAAUGUUAAAAAAUGUUUAAAGAAUAACGGAUACCCACUGAAAUUUAUUGAGAAAUAUGGCAAACGUGAAGAUAAAAAACCGAAAGAAAUUACAGCAAAUAAAAAGCCUAUUUUUAUUCAACUUCAAUUCAAAGGUGACGAUGUCACAGGAUCAAUCAAUAUGAGACUAAAAACUGCACUGACAAGAACUUAUCCUGCAGCGAAAUUGAUUGUCCUGUCCAAAACAUGUUCUUUGACACAAUCAAAGGUCGACAGGUAUCCCUUUCAUGUUACCACCAACUGUGUAUACAAAUUUACAUGUACCUGCCAAAGCAGUUACAUUGGUAGAACAGAAAGGAGAGCCUACGUCCGAUUCAAAGAACAUAUUCCGAAAAGUUUAAGAUUAAAUGGAUUGAACGCAUUCAACAGUGCCAUCGCAAGACAUCUCCUUGAUACAGGACAUGAAGUUGAUAUACUGAAGUCCUUCAAGGUGAUUAACAAACAAUCAAACUCCAACCUUUUGAAAUUUGCUGAAGCAAUAGCAAUCAAACGUUUAAAACCAGAUCUAUGUAUACAAAAAGAGACAGUAAUAAAUCUUUCUUUACCCUGGUAACAAUAAUCCCUUUUAUUCAUUUAUUUCUCUAUUUAUUUAUUGCGUCAUUACUCCAACUCUUUUAAAUUACAUCAUACAUAAAUGAUUGAUUUCAAUUCAUAUUUUCUUUAUUACCAUUAAUCUAUUUUCAUGAGUUCUAAUCACUAUUUCAAUGUUCUAGAACUUUCCCUCUCUAACUUUAUUUAUUUAUUCGAAUCAAACAUUUUAUGAGCUCAUUAACUCUAUCUGAAUCUUCGCUACAUCAUGAUACACAUGUAUUGAUCCUUAAUCACACUCUUAUGUAUAAAUAUGUCAAUAUCUGUAAUAAUCUGAAUUUCAAAUAAUUUAGGUUGUAAGCAGCUGAUGAGAACCUAACGAAAUAAAAUGAAUUCAUAUUAUUCUGCACCAAUCUUUGUUCUUGCUCUCUUUAAAAUAAUAAAGGGAACUAUGUGUAUGAA